AUGGCCUCCCAAACCAGCCAAGAAACCAAAGAAAUCUAUGAUCAAAUUUCCUCCAAGUAUGAUCUCGUUCAGUUUCAUCCUUGCUACAGAUACAUUAACACUCCAACUUUUUUAAAACAUUUCGACAAUGCCUUACAACGCCUCUCAACUUCAACUCCCAAGAAAAUUAAGUUGUUGAACUUGGCAUGUGGAUCAGGCAGAGACACAUUUUCACUUUGGAAUCAAUUCCAAUCUCAACUUGAAAUGAUCCUUUCUGUCGAUCUAUCACCUGAGAUGAUUAACAUUGCAAAUCUGAAAAAACAACAGAGAAUGGAGAAGGAAAACGGCUCUCAUUUGCCAAUUCAUUUCGUAGUGGGAGAUGUUUUGGAGUUGGACAAGAAUGAGCAAGUGGCUCAAUGCUUUACCGAUUUUUCUUUCAGUCACAACUCACCAUUUUCAUCAAAUUCACUUCCCAAAGACCCCGCUGAAGCCUCCUCCAAUGAGCAACUGUUUGAUCUUGUGAGCGCAUGUUUCCUUCUUCAUUAUUCUUCAAGUGUGGAAGAAUUGGAAACGAUGUGUCAACAAAUUUCAAGAGUGUUGAAACCAGGUGGUUCUUUCGUGACAUUGAAUACUGAUCCAUUUCUCAAUCAAGCAUUUGUUAGUGAAAAACAACAAACUUUUGGAUGUUUUCGAUCUCAAUUUCCAACAGCUGAAAAAGAAGGAAGAAGUGUCAUGAAAGACGGAGAUCGAUUUGAAUUCUCAAUUGAUUUGAAUUUCAAUGAAGAUAACAAACAUGAAGAUUAUGUGGUGAAAUUUUACAAUCAUCAUUUCAAUGCAGAAACGUAUGAAAAGGCAUUGAAGAAGGCUGGAUUUCACACUGUCAAAUUUCAUCCCAUGGAAAUGAUUGGACAGCCACAAAACACCAAUUUGAAAGACUUUGGCAAAUAUUUGGAGCAUAAUGGAGUGAUUUGUAUUGAGGCACUUAAAUAA